GGACAGCCGGGUGUUCUGCUGGACUGAUUAACAUUUAUUUCUCCUAGUGCUAAGCCACUUACAAAAAAGACCCAAUUUUGGAUCUGGAGGGUAUAAAAUACUUAGCGUGAGUUGCAGUUCUUACUGGUCAAUUCCUCAAAUCUGAGAGAGAGGGGGGGAAAUGGGGGCAUUAACAACAGCAGUGAUAGCAAUAGCAGGUGUAAUUCUUGGUUGGAUAACAAUAGAGAUGGCUUGCAAGCCUUGUCUUGAAAAGGGUCGAGAAGCCAUUGAUCAGAAUCUCAAUCCUGACUAUGACCCUGAUGAUGAUCAAGACAGUAUCCGUGCCCCUUUAAAUGCAAACCCAACUGAAGAGACCGAGUCCGGUUCUGCUUCUUCUACUGCCGUCAAAAUUGUCUGAUCAUUUCCUAUUUUCUUCCAAAUUUUAGCUUUCUGUUUGUUUAAUUUACUUGUUUUAUUCGCUUCUGAGGGGGGAAGAUUGGUACUUUCGUGCUUUUUAAUAUGUUUUGGAUUUCUGUCCAUGAGAUAGAUUGUUUCUUUGGUUCGCGUUUUUGUAUAAUGAUAAUUAAAGAGGAAGAUAACGCAGUUUGUUGAGAAAUUCUGCUUUUAGCUUUGAAGGUGUCUGUUUCUUCAGAUGUAAAAUUUUGUGAUCUUUUAGCUUUUAAGAUUUUGAGCUCGGCUGUAACUAAAAGAGAAUGACCAAUGAUGGCCGAUUUGCUA